CCCAGCAUGCACUGCUCCAUACAGCUAUAUAUAGAGGCAGAAAUACCCAGGGCAGCUGCCUGAAGAUACCAAGCCCUCUCCUCUCUCUGACCAUUGCUGUCUCCCCCUGCAUAAGCACUGACAGCCAGAGACUGUAUUCUCCCCAGAACCAACAGAAAUGGCAGAAAAACUAAAGAACAGCAAAAUCAUAUUCGUUGUCGGAGGACCGGGUUCAGGCAAAGGGACACAGUGUGAAAGGAUUGUAACGAAAUAUGGUUAUACCCAUCUGUCUACCGGUGACCUACUCAGGGCUGAGGUUUCCUCUGGCACAGAAAGAGGGAAGACCUUAUCUGCCAUCAUGGAGAAAGGAGAGCUGGUACCACUGGACACAGUGCUGGACAUGUUACGAGACGCCAUGAUUGCAAAAGCCGACGUGUCAAAAGGAUUUCUUAUCGAUGGGUAUCCUCGUGAGGUCAAACAAGGAGUAGAAUUUGAGAAGAAAAUUGGUGCCCCAUCACUGCUGCUCUACAUCGAUGCUGGCGCAGACACAAUGGUUAAACGGUUACUGAAACGUGGUGAGACCAGCGGCCGGGCAGACGACAACGAGGAGACCAUCAAAAAGAGGCUAGAGACCUAUUAUAAAGCCACAGAACCAGUCAUCGCCAUGUAUGAAGGAAGAGGCAUUGUACGAAAGAUUAACGCAGAGGGCAGUGUGGAUGACGUCUUCGCGCAAGUCAGCGGAGCACUAGACGCCCUUAAAUGAUGAGACAAGAAAACCAACAACAUUUGCCUUAUUUAAGUCCAUAUACACCCAACCUUGUCCAACCAUCCAAAAGAACCCCAAUUUCAAUAAUGCUCAUUAAACUGAUGUGAAACACCAA